ACUUCCUGUUACCAGCUAGCUCCAGUGAAAACAAUCUUCCUUUAAUCUAAAGAAUAGGCAGCUAACAGGCAGAACCGGAUUCUCCAGGUGUGAGGCAAGACUCCAACUACGCAGGUGGAAAAGCAACAAAAACAAGCCAAAGGAACAAGACAAAGGAGAAAAAAGAAGAUGAAAGACCGACUUCAAGAACUGAGGCAACGAACAAAGGAAACUGAGCUCUCUAAAGACAAGGAUGUGUCGACUACAGAAGCAGAGGAACAAGGGGUGUUUCUGCAGCAAGCUGUUAUUUAUGAAAGAGAGCCUGUAGCUGAGAGACACCUACAUGAGAUACAGAAACUACAGGAGAGUAUUAACAAUUUGACAGAUAAUGUUCAAAAAUUUGGGCAGCAACAGAAAAGUCUGGUGGCUUCAAUGAGAAGGUUUAGUCUACUUAAGAAAGAGUCUAGCAUUGCAAAAGAGAUAAAAAUCCAAGCAGAACACAUUAACAGAGGUUUGGAUGAUUUAGUAAAAGAAGUUAAAAAGUCAGAGGAUGAAAGUGGUCCCUCAUCGGUGGUCACAAGGAUACUUAAAUUUCAGCACGCUGCAAUGUUCCGCCAUUUUCAGCAAACUAUGUUUACAUACAAUGACACAAUAGCAGCAAAACAAGAGAAGUGCAGGACAUUUAUUUUCCGUCAGCUUGAAGUUGCAGGAAAAGAACUACCUGAAGAAGAAGUAAAUGAUAUGCUUCAUCAAGGAAAAUGGGAAGUUUUUAAUGAAAGCUUACUCACAGAAAUCAGUAUCACUAAAGCACAACUCUCAGAGAUAGAGCAGAGACACAAAGAACUGGUUAAUCUGGAAAACCAAAUAAAGGAUUUAAGGGAUCUUUUCAUUCAGAUAUCUCUUUUGGUAGAGGAACAGGGAGAAAGUGUCAACAGUAUUGAAAUGAUAGUGAAUGGCACAAAAGAAUAUAUUAACACUACUAAAGAAAAAUUUGGACUAGCUGUAAAAUACAAAAAAAGAAAUCCUUGCAAGAUAUUGUGUUGUUGGUGUUGUCCAUGCUGUGGCUCAAAAUAAAGAAGCUAUUUUAGAAA